UAUCCAAACAAUGUAUACCUAAACCUCCCUCUGUGAGGAAUAUACUUCAGCAUAUUCGAGUUAAUACAAGCAAGUUAGAACCCUAGAUCGAAUCCCUUGUCUGAAAUUUCCCCGAUCUGCUUGUGGGGUGUGACAAUUGGUAUCAUGAGCCAUCGAUUUCCUCGGCGGUGCGAUCGCGCGUGUUCGUGCUAAUUUUUUUUCUUCCCUCCCUUCCCACCCUUGGUUGGCGACGGCGGCGGUGUUCACGGGUGUGGGACGGGGAAUUGGCGGUGCAGGCGGCGGUGUUUUGUUCGUCGGCAGCUCGGAGGGCGGUACUGGUUGCUGAGACACCUCGUCUCGGUAGUGAAAUUCCAGGUACGCGCACGAGUGGUGCUGUUCGGUGGCGUAAAUUUUGGCGGCGGCAGGAUCCGUGAGCGGUUCGGGUUGCCGUUGUUGCGGUGGUAAAAUUCCUCUCCGUUAGCGUGAUCAUGGGGCGUUCGAAGCCAAGCAUCGACGAGUCUGAGCUCGCUGAACUUCUUCAGCUCAAGGAAGACGUGCUGACAAAUCGAGAGGAUACUACUGGGCUUCGGGAAGAGGUUGAUCUGUUAAGGAAAGAGGUGUGUCUCACAAAUGCCAAGCAGGAUGACAUGAAUAUUGUACUCUCAACAGUUCAGAAAGCAGUUUUUGCCCUCAGUGAUCAGUUAACCACAAUUACUGAUGUUCUGAAGAAUUUGGGUGCUCAAGGAGCAAGUUCCUCUGCUCAACCAACAGCCAGAGUUACAGAGCAACAAGGGGGAAGAACAGAUCCACCCCCCAUUGUUCAGACAACCAUUGAAAAUCCCAUGGAAUCAGUCGAACAGGGGCAAAGGCUACUCACAGAGGAAUUAAGGAAGCGUUUACUGUUGGAACAGGAAAAAACAAGACAGUAUACACUAUUUAGUGCUUCUAGAUUGCCCCCUAUACAAAUUGGACAGAAAUAAGUUCCUCCUGGGUUCAACAGAGCAAACCCACAUGAGAUCCCAUCAGAAAAUGCAAGCCCUACUGCCCAAAUGAAAACUGCUAGAACAACAUUCAUUCCUCAGCCAAAUCAAACUGAAACAAAUGUAUUCUGGGAGGAAUACUACAGGAAUUAUGAGAAGGAAAUGAGAACACAGUUCCUAAAGAACAUUACCAAGGGUCCUAGAAUGGAUUUCCCAAGGUUUGAUGGUGAUAAUCCUGGAGGAUGGAUCAGACAGGCUGAAAAAUACUUCCAAAUGUCUGGAGCUCCAAAUGAAUAUAAAGUGUCCCUUGCACAACUCUACUUCACUGACAGAGCUGAUGUUUGGUUAAGGAGGUCAGGUCUACUGAAGAAACAUCCUACAUGGCCACAAUUCUGUGAAGAGGUACUCAAAAGAUUUUCUCCCACAAGCUCCUAUGAUCUAACUGAUAGGUUUACUGCAUUCAAACAAGGAAACCUGUCCAUUUCUGAGUACACAGAUAAGUUUGAGUCCCUGAUGGCAGAAAUGCAAGAAGAAAACCCUUCACUGUCUGAAGAGUGGUUCAUCAAAUGUUUUGUAAAUGGAAUGAAACCUCAUAUCAAAUUCCAACUCAGACCAUUGAGGCCCCCUUCUCUGACUGAAGCUUAUUGGUUAGUUGUGGAUAUGGAGCAGGCCUUAAUCCCCAAAAAGAAUUCGUUUCCAAACAGUUACCAGAAAAAUCCUUACAACUCUUUCAAAACUCCUAGGUUUGAAACUAAACUGCCUGAGCAGAAAUUACCUGCAGUAGUACAAAAAGCCAGAGAGCCGGGUAAAUGCUGGAGAUGUGGUGAUAAUUGGUUCCAUGGGCAUAAAUGCAAACAAGCUCCUGUGAUCAACAUGUUGACAGGAGAAGAACCAACAGAACCAGGGGAGGAACAGGAUACUGGGUCAGAACAUGAAGCAGAAGAAAGUGAGGAGGCUCAGGAGAAAUGCAUGAAAAUAUCUGCACAAGCUAUGGACCCUGACAGUGUUAACACCAUGUCCAUAUUAAUUCAGGUGGGAGGAAAACAGGUUGUGGCCUUGAUUGAUUCAGGAAGUAACUCCACUUUCAUGAACUUGCAGUUUGCCCUCAAAACAAAUUGCACAAUUUUGAAAGACAAAAGCAGAUCAGUGGCAGUUGCAGGUGGAGGAAAAUUGUGGUCUGGAGCUUAUAUUCCAAAAACUUAUUUCACUACAGCCAAACAGAAGUUCCUUCAGACAUUUAGAAUAUUGGAAAUUCCUGGUCAUGAUGUGGUUUUGGGUUGUGACUGGUUAGCUAAGCAUAGCCCCACAUCUUUUGAUCACAUCCAAAGAACAAUUACUGUUCACAAAGAUAGGGUACUACCUGUCACAAUUCCUGCUUGUGAUGUUAUGGAAAAUGCAACUGAGGUGGAUGAGAAAGAGAUGAACAAGCUCCUCCUUAAAGGUGCACCAGGAUAUGCUUUAUUCCUGAUCAAUACUCUAAGGGAAAAACAUCAGAAAACUGCAGUAUCUGAUACUAUAACACCUGCUACAAGGGAGAAUGUUUCUAACACUGUCAGUGUGGAAACAGGGCAAGAAAACAGUAGUGCUGAGAACAAAUCUGACACAAGGAACAGUGCUUCUAAGUUCAACAUUGUAAAAGAAAAUGAGAUAGAUAUGUUGAAACAAAAUGCAGAGGAAAACAAAUACAAGUUGUUGAGCAACACUGAACUGCCUGUUCCUAUGCAAGAAUUGUUACAGAAAUUUCAGGAUGUCUUUGCUGAACCAGAAGGACUGCCACCAGUGAGAGCUUUUGAUCAUGAAAUCCCUCUACAACCAGGUGCAAUUCCCCCCUCUUCCAGACCUUACAGAAUCCCUCACAGACAUAGACAUGAAAUGGAACAUCAAGUGCAAAAGCUGUUGUCCAACAGAAUCAUCAGAGAAAGCCAGAGUCCAUAUGCCGCACCAGCUAUUUUAGUUGCUAAAAAGGAUAAUUCUUGGAGAUUGUGCCAGGAUUUCAGAAACCUCAAUGCUCUCACUAUUAAAAACAAAUUCCCUAUACCUGGUAUAGAAGAUUUUUUGGAUGAACUGCAAGGAGCCAAAUACUUUACCAAGCUUGAUUUAAGGUCUGGAUACCACCAAAUCAGGAUGAAUGAAAAGGAUAUCCAUAAAACUGCAUUCAUAACUCAUUUUGGGCAUUUUGAAUAUUUGGUAAUGCCUUUUGGCCUUGCAAAUGCCCCAGGCACAUUUCAAGCCCUCAUGAACAGCAUUCUAGCCCCUUAUCUCAGGGUUUUUGUGUUGGUAUUCUUUGAUGAUAUCUUGAUUUUCAGCAAAACUCUGGAAGAACAUGUUCAACAUGUGGAAACUAUACUAAUUGUGCUCAGCAAGGAGAAAUUAUAUGUGAAACUCUCCAAGUGCCUCUUUGCAGUUAACCAAGUGGAAUAUCUGGGUCAUAUAAUUUCUGGUGAGGGUGUUGCUACUGAUCCUGCUAAGAUUGUGGCUGUAGCUGACUGGAAAACCCCUACAACUGUAUAUCAAUUGAGAGGAUUUUUGGGUCUUUGUGGGUAUUAUAGAAGAUUUGUUAAAAAAAUUGGACCAAUUGCAAGACCCUUGCAUGAUAUCUUGAAGAAAGACAGUUUUCAGUGGACAGUAACACAAGAUAAGGCUUUCCAAGCUCUGAAAAAAUGCACUUAUUACUGCACCAGUUUUAGCUUUACCUGAUUUCUCUUUGCCAUAUGUCAUUGAGACUGAUGCAUCUAGUGUGGGAUUGGGAGCAGUAAUGAUGCAGAAUGGCAGAGCUAUUGCUUACUACAGUUCCUCCUUGUGCCCAAGAAAUGCUGCAUUGUCCACAUAUGAGAAGGAAGCUUUGGCUAUAGUAGAAGCUUUAAAAAGGUGGAGACACUACUUGGUAGGACACAAACUGAUCAUUAGAACAGACCAUCAAAGUUUAAAGUUCAUGACUGACCAGAAAUUACAUACUGGAAUUCAACACAAGCUGAUGUUGAAAUUACUGGAGUUUGACUUUUAGUUGGAAUACAAAAAAGGAAAGGACAACACAGUAGUUGAUGCACUAUCCAGGAAAUAUCAGUUAAAUGCAAUUUCUUUGAUCACACCAAAAUGGACAAAAGAAGUGGAAAAAUCUUAUCAAAAGGAUGCAAAAGGCAAAGAGUUACUGGAAAAACUGCUGCUAGCUCCUAAUCAUACAUACCAACAUGAUUCUUUGCAUAAUAGUCUCAUAAGGCACAAGGGCAAAAUCUACAUUGGAAAUGAUGUAGAACUCAAAUCCAAAAUCAUACAAGCCUUACAUUCAUCGACUUUGGGAGGGCAUUCAGGCAGAAAAGCUUCUUAUGAAAGGAUAAAGAAAAUUUUCUAUUGGCCUGGCCUCAAAUCUGAUGUAGAAAAAUGGGUGACAGAAUGCCAUGUUUGUCAGAAAAAUAAGGGGGAAACCUGCCAUUAUCCUGGGCUACUUGACCCUCUGCAUAUUCCUGAUAUGGCAUGGACUCAUCUGAGUAUGGAUUUCAUAGAAGGACUUCCAAAGUCACAAGGGAAGGAAGUGAUUUUUGUGGUUGUUGACAGGCUCACAAAGUUUGCACACUUCCUUACUCUGUCACAUCCUUUUACUGUGAAGACAGUGGCUCAAGUAUUCAUUGACAAUAUCAUUAAACUGCAUGGCCCUCCUAUUGCCAUAGUAUCUGACAGAGACAAAAUUUUCACUGGUCAGCUAUGGAAGGAUAUUUUUGCAGCACUGAAAGUUGACUUGAGAUACAGUUCAGCUUAUCAUCCACAAUCAGAUGGCCAAACCGAGAGGGUUAACCAAUGCAUUGAAAACUAUCUCAGGUGUCUUACUUCUGCUCAUCCAACCAAGUGGGUGCAACAUUUACCAAUGGCUGAAUAUUGGUACAAUAGUUCAUUUCAUUCUUCUCUGAAGAAGACCCCAUUUGAGGCUCUUUAUGGGUAUCCUCCUCCACAACUCAGUGAAUAUGUCAUUCACAACAAUGAAACUAAAGAACUGUUAACAGACAGACAGCAACUGUUGGGUGUUCUAAAGGAAAACUUGCAGCGUGCUCAGGAGAGGAUGAAAAAGUUUGCUGACCGCAAACGCACGGAAAGAUCUUUUCAGGAAGGCGACAUGGUAUAUUUGAAGAUGCAACCUUAUCUUCUGAAUGCUUUUGGAGUUAAAACACACAUUAAACUCCAAAGCAAAUUUUAUGGACCAUUUAGGGUGCUACACAAGGUGGGAAAUGUGGCCUAUCAUCUCAUAUUGCCUGAGGGAGCGAAGAUCCACCCAGUUUUCCAUGUCAGUCACUUAAAGCGCCAUAUUGGUCCUCAGGUUGUUCCUUGCGCUGAUUUACCAUUGGUAACAGAAGAGGGCAAUAUCAAGCAGGAACCGGCACUGGUUUUGCAAACGUGCCAAAUUCCGAGAAACAACCUGCCCGUGGUGCAAUGGUUGGUCCAAUGGGCGAACCUACCUCUGGAGGAUUCCUCGUGGGAAGAUGCAGAUUUCAUCAAAUACACAUUUCCGUCUUUCUUCAAGCAAACAGUUGAGAGUUGGCGCCAAGGACGUUGAGAAUUGAGACUCCUUGAGGACAAGUUCAUUUUCUCGAGGGGGCAUUGUCAGGUGCAGAAGAAGUUCAGUUAUUGGUCGGCUGUCAAGCGUCAAGUAGAAAGGAUCCGACGGCUCGCUUCGCUCGCCCGUUCCCUGUACCGUUUCAGCAGGUUGCCGGUCACUGUUACCUUUUAGCUGUUGUCGAGGCUAUAUAACAGCCAGCGCUGUGCGCUUGUAGCCAUUCAUUCGAUUCCCAGAAAUAUCCAAACAAUGUAUACCUAAACCUCCCUCUGUGAGGAAUAUACUUUAGCAUAUUUGAGUUAAUACGAGCAAGUUAGAACCC